GCUGUGAAUCAGAAUGAUCUCGUGAUAAGCCCAUCCUUUACAUUUCAAUGCUGUGUACAUUGCAAUACGAAGAAAGGCAAAAUUGGAGAAAUAUUUCAAUAUAAAACUGUGACUCUACGUUGUGGAACGAAAAAAUAAGUGUGGGAUUGAAGAAAUAGUCGCUUUGAUCAUAUUUGCUGUAUCUAGUUACAAGGAAGUGAAUGAGAAUGAUGUCGUGAUGAGCCCAUCCCUUACAUUUGAAUGAUGUGUACAUUACAAUACGAAGAAAGACAAAAUUGAAGAAAUAUUUCAAUAUAAAACUGUGAUUCUACGUUGUGGAACGAAAUAAUAAGUGUGGAAAUGAAGAAAUAGUCGCUUUGGUCAUAUUUGCUGUAUCCAGUUACAAGUGCGGAAGUGAAUCAGAAUGAUCUCGUGAUGAACCCAUCCUUUACAUUUCAAUGAUGUGUACAUUACAAUACAAAGAAAGGCAAAAUUGAAGAAAUAUUUCAAUAUAAAACUGUGACUGUACGUUGUGGAACGAAAUAAUUAGUGUGGAAAUGAAGAAAUAGUCGUUUUGGUCAUAUUUGUCGUUUAUAUUACUGGAUGCUGAAUUCCAUGAUGUACUAUCAACUACUGGGUCUUGUUACUGAGAAGAGUGAACGUAUUUUUUAACGAAUAAAAAAAACAAAAGGAUUAUUUGUAAAAUUACUUGCAAUACAACUUGUUCAUCAAUCCAUUUAAUUUUGUGCUCAUUUUGUACAUUGCAAAUUAAUGCUUUUUGCACAAACUCGUUCUUCAUUACUAGCUUGAAAAAUGGCUUCACCACCUAAAAAACUGAAGUUUGAGGAAAACGGAUCUCGUUUAAGUAAACUUUUAAUAAAUAAAGGAAAACAAGCCUUGACACAUACAUUGCAAUCUUUAUUAAAGCCAUCAAGUUUAGCUGGUAAACUUAAAGAUCCCUCUACAAAGACGACACUAACAUCUUUGAAAUUUAAAGUUAUCAAGAAUGAGCAAUGGGAUCUUCUUUACCCAUCAACUGGCUCACCAGACAUUAAAAAGUUUGACAUCACAUUAUUGACUGUCUUAUUGCGUAGCAUAUGUGGUCUAACAGCGCCACAUAGUGGAUGGAAUAAUCUUCCUUCCUCUUCAGAUACUUCAAACUCAGCAAAUAUUGCAAGAAUAAAGUUUUAUCGAAACAAAGUGUAUGGUCACAUAACUACAACUAGUGUAAAUGACAGUGAGUUUGAGCAUUUGUGGCAGGAAAUUUCAAAAGCAUUGGUUGGUUUGGGUAUUCAACAAACUGAAAUAGAUGAAUUAAAGAAAGCUCCCCUCAGUGCCGAUGAGGCAAAUUAUAUUGAAAUGUUAAAAGAAUGGUAUGAAGAAGACCGAAAGUUAAUCGAUGUUGCUGAGAAAACCAACGAAAAUGUAAAAGAAUUAAUAAAAAACGUUGAAGCUAUGAAUAAUAAAUUAGAAAAAAUCGAAGAAAGCAUGCCAAAAAAAGUUGAUGUAGUAGAAAUUAAACAAGAUAUGGCAACAAAAGCUGAUGUAACCAGAAAGAGAGAAAUGAAACAGGACAAAAUAUGUUCUGAUCUCGAGAAGCUUGGAAAGUGUAAGUUUGAUGGUUUUAUAAAAGAUCUUAACAAGAAAUACCUUGAAGACACUAGACAAUGGUUAUUUGAAGAACUCGACACUUGGUUUAACAAUGAAAGUGAAGAUGCUUCUAAUGUCAUGAUUUUGAUUGCUGGUCCUGGCGUUGGUAAAAGUGUGUUUGCUGCUGAGUUGUGUCGACGAUAUUCUGAAAAGAAGAAACUUGCUGCUUGUCAUUUCUGCAGAUAUAAUAUAUCAAAUUAUAGAAAUCCUCGAAUAUUGAUAGAAUCAUUGGCUAGUAGCAUGUGUGAUACAAUAUCAAAUUUUAAAUCUAAACUGAAUAAAGAAUUACAGAGAAAUCAUUCCAAAGAAUCGAUCACCGAUGAAUUCAUUGUUUUAUUAAAUAAUCCAUUGCAUUCAUUGGAAGAUUAUGAACCAAUGCUUUUGGUUAUUGAUGCCUUAGAUGAAAGCCAAAUUGAUGGCAAAAGUGAAUUGUUGGAAUUGAUUUCAGAAGAGUUUGACCGACUGCCUAAAUGGAUUAAAAUCUUCAUCACCAGUCGUCCAGAACUUCCUGUUCAAAAGGCGUUGAAAGACAUGAAUCCUGUGGAAAUUACAACUCGUCCUCGUGAUGAAAACAACGAACAAGACCUGCACAAGUAUUUGAGACAUCAGUUGAAUGAUCAGGUGCAGGAAGAUCCCUACGUUCUACUUUCAUUAGUUGAAAAAUGUGAGGGAUCAUUUCUUUACGCUUAUCACGCACAACUGAGCUUAAAGAAAGAAGAAAUUGAGCUUACAGACGAGAAUAUUAAACAAUUGGUCCCUAGUGGGUUAAGCGGUGUUUACACAAAGCAAUUAAAAACAGUAAAAAAAUUGCUGACAGAGAAAAGUCUUUCAACCGGAAAUUCAGUUAUUUCCAAAGUUAUUUUUAAGCAGUUUCUUGAAUUGUUGGCUGCCUGUCGGGAGUUUUUACCAUUAACUUUACUGUUUAACUAUUUAGGUUUUUCUGGUGACAUCAUGUUUGAAGUCCGCAGUAAAAUCAUUGAACUGUUAUCUCAAAUUUUGCCAGUUUACGAUGAUUGUUUAACCGUGUAUCACAAAACUCUAAUUGAUUGGUUAAAAUCGGAUGGUUAUGAAGAGCAUGAGUUUACAGUUAGUCCAAAAAAUGGUCAUAAGUUCUUAUGGCAUGCUUGUGAGAAAGUGUUUGAACAAAUUAAGUCGAUGAACAUUUUUGAAGAUCAGAUGAACACUGCUAUGAUUAAAUAUGCUUUGAAGAAUGGAAUCUAUCAUAUGUCAAAAUGUGGCGAAAAUGUUGACUUUAGCUGGGCAGUAGAUGUCAAAGUGGUUUGUGCGAGGUUAAUGCAUGGGGAAGACAAAAACAUGUUUUAUACCAUUACGUGUGAAUUGCUUGAAUUCAUUAAGAGAAAACGACAUUUCUUGAGAAAAGAUGUACUUGAUGAACAACUAUUUCAUUUAUUUACGACAAGAAGAUGUAGGUCAUGGUUAGAUGGUAGCUUAUCUUAUUUACAAACUAUUGCAAACGGAAUUGAUAGCAAUAACAAAAGAAGAUUAUUGGCAAGGGAUUUAUUGAAACAAGGAAAGUUUGUUUGGUUUGAGGAUUUAGACUCCACAUAUUUAACAAACCAUCAUCAUUUGACUGUCUCCUUGCGUGCUAACGUUACAUCUCUUUGUGUGUCGUCCAAUAAAGAACGUCUUGCUGUAGGAUAUGAAAAUGGUCAAAUAUCUAUUUUUGAGCUUCCAGAAUUCGAACAACAGUUCACUCUUGGUACUGCACUUGAUAAUUUAAGGUUGGAUAACUGGAAUGAUGUAGAAACAUUGAUAUGCCGGUAUGACUAUCCAACAUUAGAGGAAUUAGGUUUUGUACGUGGAAACAUCUGUUGUUGCUCCUUUUCACCUACCGGAAAUAGACUGGUAACUAGUGAUGGAUCUACUGAAGUAAAGCUGUGGGACGUUAACAAUGGACGUUCGUUUCGUUUAGAGUCAGAUGAUAUCGUUAAUCGUUGUUCUUUCUUAGAUUCUGGUUUGUUCAUUACAGCAGACUAUGUAAAAGAUUACGAAGAACUUCCUAAAGAUGUGUUCACUGCAUGGAAUUCAGUAACUUUGCAAAGAAUUGAUCGACGCUGCGUUGGUGAUUACCAAAAACUACAAUGCACCGAUAAAUGUUCAGAGUUCUUUGUUGCAGAAUUCGUCGAGACUUUGUGUGAUUUUCAAUUCCCAAAGGCAAUCGAUAUUUUUUCAAGAGAAUAUUACGAUACACUACGUUCAGAUUUAAUGAUAACACACCAUUAUCGUGAUUGUAUUUUUUAUCAUACAAGCCAGAAUGGAAAGCUUUCUGAAAUUACUCAGUUGAAAACGUGCAACGAUCAAGAAGAAAUCCUGUUUCAUUUACCACAUGUUAGGUGUCCAUGUUUUUAUAGGAAUCUUGAAAAAGUCCAUCCAAUCUCGUUCAAGGAUUUUUACGUUGUGCCGUAUUUUUCCAAGCUUAAAAUUUUCAAAACUCAUCCCCUAUGGAGACCUUCAUUUUUUUUUGAGAACAUUGAACAUUGCACUAUUAUUCAAACUGUACCAAUGCAAUUGAAGGAUGCAUUAGGAUGUUGGUGGUCGGAUGGUUUACUGUGGAUAUGGGAUGGUUCUCGUCAUCUUACGAAGAUAUCCACUUCGUCUGAAAAUUUUGUAGAUUCUACUCAAGCAAAGUAUGUUAACAUUGGAUUUAAACCUAAGGAAAUCUUAACAUUUGAAUACACGUUAUGGAAAUGGGGAAAUAACAACAAUGAACUUUAUUUGAAACCUUGGCAUACUGCAGAAAUACCCAUAACAGCUGUCAUUGAAAAAUUUCUUCCACAACUGAUAACUGUAAAUGAUCUAGAGUUCAACUGCUGUAUAAGUGAUAAUAAACAUGCAGCCAUAACAUUUUCCGAAGGCUUCAAAAAUAUGGGCAUUUAUGUAAUUAAUGUUCAUGAGAAUGGUGAUGUGAAUGCGACUUUGCAUGAUGUCAGUAAAUAUUUAUUUCUCUACGACCUAAUCAUACACAAAUCAUAUUGCAUUGGGGAGUCUCUUGAGUCAUUGGUUGCUGUAGAUUUAAAGAGUGAUGAAGUAUGCGCUGAAUUUGGCGAACAACACUCUAUGCCUCAUAUAACUAUGCAUUCCAAUACAGGAACUUUAGCUAUUGUUGACAGCUUAAAUUGCGAAAUUCACUUUUUAAAACUUAAUGUUCCUGAAUAA